GGUGAACGCUGACCAUGAAGCCCCGCUGAAAACUGCUCAAAGUGUUUGGAGUAAAGCCUGUUGGAGACUGUGAGAUCCCCUCGGUCACAUUUCUGGGUCGAAAACUAUUCAUUGAACAGAAGAUGAUGUCUGACGCCAGCGAGAUGUUGGCAGCAGCCUUGGAGCAAAUGGAUGGGAUCAUAGCAGGCUCCAAGGCCAUGGACUACUCCAAUGGGCUUUUUGACUGCCAGUCGCCCACUUCACCUUUCCUGGGGGGCCUCCGAGUGUUGCAUCUACUUGAGGACCUGCGGGCAGCGCUGGAGCUGAUGGACAAUGAGGAGAGGGACAACCUGCGAUGUCAGAUCCCUGAUUCCACUGCAGAGGGGCUGGCAGAGUGGCUGCACGGACGAAUGACUAAUGGGCACGGCUCAGAAGCAGUUUACCAAGAACGCCUGUCACGACUGGAGAGCGACAAAGAGUGUCUCAUUCUUCAGGUAAGUGUUCUAACAGACCAGGUGGAGGUGCAAGGUGAAAAGAUUCGGGACCUCGACACUUGCCUCGAGCAUCAUCGGGAGAAACUAAAUGCUACUGAGGAGCUGCUUCAACAGGAGCUGUUGAACCGGUCGGCACUGGAGACCCAGAAGCUGGAGCUGAUGACCGAGGUGUCAAGUCUGAAGCUGAAGCUGACGGCUGUGGAGAGGGAUCACAGGGACAAUGAGGGUUUGUACCAGGAAGUAACAGACCUGCGGUUCAGGGUGACUGACAUAGAGAAUGAAAGACUGCAGUGUGAGAAGAAACUCAAAACUACCAAAGAAGAGCUGCAGCUUCUGCAGAGGCAGCUGGAGGAGCGAGAGCUGGAGCUGAGGAGGCUGAAGGAUGAGAGCAGACUGAAGGUGGAGGGCCACAACAGAGCUGAGGGAGGAGACAGAGAUACAGAAAUGUUAAAGAUGAAGAGGGUGUUGGAGACACUGACUUCAGCCAACAAUGAAAAGGAGAGAAGGAUCAAAGAGCUGGAGGAGUCGCUUACCAAGUGCAUGAAGGUGCAGGAGCUGGUCAAAGAGAAGUUGAAGGAAGACGACUAUGACGAUAUCCCAGAUGAUCCCUCGGUUCCUGCAGCCAUGGAGGUGGAUCAGGUCACCCUGGUGUUAGAGGGGGAGGCAGGAAGGAGCUCUGGCGAGUCUAUUCCAUGUAUAGCAGUGCUCUCUGAGAUGAAUGAACUGGACAGAGAACGACAGUUACAGUCAGCAGAAAGCUCGCCCACGUCCAGCAGCACUGAUCAGACCAGUAACAAAGCAGGACCUGGUUCCUCCCCCCCUGCUAAAGCAAACACCACAAGUGAUGAGAGUUUUGGCACCAAGAAGGCCCGCACUUCUUUUGGCCGUGGAUUCUUCAAGCUGCGUGGAGGCAAGCAGACAGCCAGUGCUCCAAACUUGGCUGAGACAGAUCGUAAAGGCACAGAUCACCUGGACUUGGCUGGUGUUCCUCCACGGAAAUCCCACGAUGGAACUGCUCUUCCGUCGUCACCAGAAACCAAGAAGAAGUCCAAAGGCUUUAAGAGAUUCUUUGGCAGGCUAAAGAGGAGUCACUCUACCUCCUUCAACAUCGAUGAUGCAGCUGAGAUGGAGUUCAGGAGGGGCGGAGUCAGAGCCACAGCUGGCCCUCGACUCGGCUGGUCACGUGAAUCUAAACCCAAUGCUGUUGAUGUUCCUUUCUCGCGGUGGAGUAAGGAUGAAGUCUGUGGAUGGCUGCAUGAGCAAGGCCUCGGGCUAUGCGCUGCCCAGGGACAGAGCUGGAUCAAAUCAGGACAAACACUACUGCAGGCGUCACAGCAUGAUCUGGAGAAGGAGUUGGGCAUGAAGCAGCUCCUCCACAGGAAGAAGCUGCAGCUGGCCUUGCAGGCUCUUGGGUCAGAAGAGGACGACCUGAGGGGCAAACUGGACCACAACUGGGUGACCAGAUGGCUGGAUGACAUCGGCCUCCCGCAGUACAAGAGUCACUUUGAUGAGGCUCGUGUUGAUGGACGCAUGCUGCACUACAUGACAGUGGAGGACUUGCUGUCUCUGAAGGUGGGCAGUGUUCUCCAUCACCUCAGCAUCAAGAGAGCCAUUCAGGUCCUCCGCCUCAAUUCCUACGAGCCCAGCUGUCUCAGGCGACGACCCUCUGAUGAGAACAACAUCACACCGGCAGAGAUUUCCCAAUGGACCAACCACAGAGUGAUGGAGUGGCUCCGAUCCGUGGAUUUAGCUGAAUACGCCCCAAAUCUGAGAGGCAGCGGUGUUCAUGGAGGACUGAUGGUGCUGGAGCCGCGCUUCAACGUGGAAGCGCUCGCCCUUCUGCUCAACAUCCCUCCCAACAAAACCCUGCUGAGACGCCACCUGGCCACACAUUUCCACCUGCUCAUCGGCUCGGAGGCGCAGCGGCUCAAGCAGGACUGUCUGGAAAACCCAGACUACACCGUCCUCACCGCCACGGCCAAGGUCAAGCCCAGACGCCUGUCAUUCGGUGGUUUUGGCACUCUGAGAAAGAAACGUCAGGAUGAUGGUGAGGAGUACGUCUGCCCCAUGAACGUGGAAAUGCCCAAAAACAGCAGCUUCCAGAGGGGGGCCCGAAUCUACGAGGGUAACCUUGACCACCUGGAACAGAUGGAAGACUCUGAGGGGACUGUCAGGCAGAUUGGAGCUUUUUCUGAGGGAAUCAACAAUCUGACGAGCAUGCUGAAGGACGAUGAGUUUUUCCAGGAGAUCUCAGUCUGCCCGCCCGACAUCGACACGGCACAGAGACACGACACUCCCCACAUAUGAUCAAGAUGCUGAGCUCCUUAAGCUAAGUUGCGUGGAAAAAGAUCAAACUGUGCCAACACCGUCCUCAAAUUCAUCCCACCCACCUCUUUAGUAGAACAUGUGAGACCUCUGCUUAUACAGUGUUUUCAUCUUUCAGAAGUACAGCCAUUUCCUCCAGGACCAUAUAUAUUUAUUGAAGCUGUCAAAUGUAAUGCAUGAACUGAAAAUGCAAGAUGUUAUUGCAUUAAUGUACCUCCUCCUUCAAUUGUUUUAUUAUUCAAGCAUUGUGUUUUCAGUAAUCAGUGUUUGUGUCUUUCCCCUUAUUUUAAGGACUCACCCUCAGCUGUUAUUCCUCUUGACUGUAGCUCUCGAGUUUUCUUGUCCACAGCAGCAGUCAGAUUAAGUUUUAUUUGUGGUACGUAAAGUUGCUUUAUGUUAUCUUUAUUUCUAAUUGUAUCUGGCUGCAAAGAUGGUUUUGGUUUGUUCAGGUGUCUGAGAUUUGUCUCCACUCCAAUACUCUGGCUCAGUGGUGCUCAAAGCUUUAAACAAAAAAAUUAUAUUUGACAUUUUUUUUUUUCCCAGCAGCGUCUUUCCAGAAAGUGUCAGGUUACACUCCAUUAACCUGCAGAACCUGCUGUGAACCGUUUUUACUGGAACUACUUUCUAUUGAAGAAAUAGUUCUUAUGACACUUGCUCUGUUAAUCAUCUGGGACUGUCCACUGUUACUGGGCAGAAACUGACAUUUUUAAAAGCUGUAAGCACCAGACAUGAUUUUGCUCACCUAAAUAUUAUUAGUGUUAACACAAAUCUCAGACGCACGCUGAAACCUAAACACUAAAACUGUUAGAGGCCAGAUACUGUUAGAGGAAGUGAGAAAUGUUUGGGAAAUAUGCUGAUUUGCUUUUUCACCAAGGAUUAGGUAAGAAGACUAAAACCUCAUUUCUGUCCCUUACAUAUGAACAGCCAGGAGGUGCUAAACAGUUAGCCUAGCUCUGUCCUACCAGCAGCUCUAAAGCUCAUUAAUGUUGUAUUUCACUUGUUUAAUCUGAACACUUUUCACCACAAAACAGUCUCAGCAUGUAACUGUUUGUUUUUGUACAGAUUAAACAUGUCAGCGAGCUUUAGGUGCCCGUUUAACUUUUAGAUAGAUCCAGGCUAACUGUGUCCAGUCCUUAUGCUAAGCUAAGUUUAGCAUCUCCUGUAGCUCCAUAUUUAAUGGACAGAUAGAAAUGAGAUCAAUCUAAUUUCUCAGUAAGAAAACAAAGACGCACGUUUCCCAAAAUGCUGAACUAUAACUUCAAGAAAAAGCAUGAAUGACAGUAACCAUGGAAACCAAAGUCAUUGUUUCUACAAAGAAUUAGCCAAACCUAUUCUCUUGCAUACCAAAUUAUGA